GGAAUGUAUUGUAACUGUGUAUACACAGCGGCUGCUAGCUACACGUCACCUCUCGUAGUUGUGUACCUGUCAAAAAGCCACUGCUUGAAAACUGUUAAUUUGCUUCAUAAUGGCAUUCAAUUUUGAUACUCACAUGGACUAUGAAGGACAGCAUUUCGCCGAAAAGUUAUCGCACAUCAUUGUUGUGGUUUUUGGGGUUAUUGGCUGGGUUAUAGGAUACAUCAACCAACAAUUUUCUCAGACAAUUUUGGUCCUUGGAGUUGGAGUACUAAUUGCUGCGAUUGUCACACUACCUCCCUGGCCCAUGUAUCGCAGAAAGAGUCUAAACUGGAGGAAGCCUCGUAAGGAGGUUACUGUAGAUACCACCAAAACAGAACAAAAAGAAGUUGUUACUACUGCAUCCAAGCAAAAGAAAAAGAAUAAGUAAACACUGUGUGAUUUUUCAUUGAAAAAUAAAAAUUUAUUAAACAUCUAA